AUGGCUGCGCACAGGAUGCUGCUCCUGGACUUUCCAGCCCAAAAUCGCAGAUUUCAGCGUAAUUUCCGCCACAGACCAUUGCCGUUGGAGGAAUUUAGUGAGAUAAAAUUGCAGAAAAAGUACAGAUUCAAUUCUGAAGGCAUACAUUUCAUCUGUGACUUGGUGAGGGAUGAUUUGAUGAGGGACACGGACAGAAAUCACAGCCUGAAUGUGGAAACACAGGUGUUGGUCGCCCUCAAAUUCUUUGCAUCCGGAUCUUUUCUGGACGAUGUUGGUGACAUUUUUGGCAUAGAUAAGGGGACUGUAUCGAGAAUCAUCCAUACGGUGGCUGCAUCCCUGGUGGAACAAAAAGACAGGUUCAUCAGGUGGCCUGAUGCAGGGGAGCGAAGACACAUCAGGCAAACAUUUAUGGAGAAAUACAGAUUUCCAAACGUCAUUGGAUGUGUGGAUGGGACCCACAUCAAAAUCCAAGUCCCCUAUCCACCAAGAGAAGUUGCUGAGGCCAUGGCUCACCCAAUGCUGUAUGAGGCUGCCUUUUUCUGCAGGAAGCAUUUCUACUCAAUAAAUGUACAGGGCAUUUGCAAUCAUGAAGGUGAGUAG